CCUCCCGACCGGAAGUUACACUCGUUGGACAAACACAACUGUUCCCUGGCAGCCGAAGUGUACUGUGGAUUAUAUGCCACGUUGAUAUUACGUUUAAAUACAUUUAAGCCCUCUAAUCUAUAACCCAGCUCUUGGGGACAGGUCUUGUUGCCAUGGCGAAAGACCCGUUGGCUGAAGCUGGUCUUCAUUUCGAUGAACUCAACAAGCUGCGGGUGCUGGAACCAGAGGUGGACCAGAAGACCAGGGAGCUCAAGGAGGAGUGUGAAGACUUUGUUGACAAAAUGGGCCAGUUUCAGAAGAUAGUGGGUGGUCUCAUCGAGCUGGUGGAUGAAUUGGCGAAAGAGGCAGAGACUGAAAAGAUGAAGGCUAUUGGAGCCAGGAACCUGUUGAAGUCUGUGGCCAAGCAGAGGGAGGCCCAGCAACAGCAGCUCCAGGCCCUGAUAGCAGAGAAGAAGCUGCAGCUGGAGAGGUAUCGUAUCGAGUACGAAGCACUCUCCAAGGUGGAGGCUGAGCAGAAUGAGUUCAUCGACCAGUUCAUUCUACAGAAAUAAGGAGCGUAUUGAAGGCCUGCAGUAUUAGUGUGCGUUUGUGACCAUGUUUCCAGGGUGCCUGUAUUAUUUUCCUGUGGGUGAUAUCCACUACACUCUGGGUUCACGCCAAUCGCUCAUCUGAACACAAUAACCUUUCUUACACCCCCACACAAGCAAUCCAAAACUGCUCCAACUAAAUCCAGACGCGUUUUUUUGCUUAGACAGCGAGACGGUCUACAUGCAACGUUUAGAAGUAACUUGUCACCAGUCUUUUACAGCAAAACAGCAUGCUGUAUUUUCACUAGCAGGUGUCUGAAGUGACAACCCUCCUUUCCCAGUUAUACAGGUGUCUGAAGUGACAACCCUCCUUUCCCAGUUAUACAGGUGUCUGAAGUGACAACCCUCCUUUCCCAGUUAUACAGGUGUCUGACGUGACAACCCUCCUUCCCAGUUAUACAGGUGUCUGAAGUGACAACCCUCCUUCCCAGUUAUACAGGUGUCUGACGUGACAACCCUCCUUCCCAGUUAUACAGGUGUCUGACGUGACAACCCUCCUUCCCAGUUAUACAGGUGUCUGACGUGACAACCCUCCCUUCCCAGUUAUACAGGUGUCUGACGUGACAACCCUCCUUCCCAGUUAUACAGGUGUCUGACGUGACAACCCUCCUUCCCAGUUAUACAGGUGUCUGACGUGACAACCCUCCUUCCCAGUUAUACAGGUGUCUGACGUGACAACCCUCCUUCCCAGUUAUACAGGUGUCUGAUGUGACAACCCUCCUUCCCAGUUAUACAUUUAUUUAGCAUUUUAAGUGUUGAACGCUUGAAUGUAAUUAGAACCUGAGACUCUGUAGUCUUCAUACCUUUCACACCACUACAGUACGUAAGACAAGAAAAUGUUGGAAGAAAGCUAUUUAUAUACACAAAGGAAUGGAUUUAUACUGUUUAUAUUAAAGGAAUUACUAUGUAUAGAUUGUCUUCCACUUGUAGGGAAGGUAAACGCCUCUAAGUACGGUAUAUUGAAAAUAAGAAUUUGUUCUUAACUGACUUGCCGAGUAAAAUAAAGGUAAAAAAAAAAAAUGUUUAAAAAAAUUAUUUUGCAUGUUACUGUAAAUAAUUUCCUGAUUAAUAAGAGGGAAAAAUAUAUCUUUUUUUUUUUUUUCUGUGUGUUGACUGUACACACCCCCCCUCCCUGUUGUCAUCUUAACUUGGUUUGUUUACAUCUAAGGUACGAAUAAGUUGUGUUUUAUCUGAUCAUUUCAGCGUUGUCUGUGGGACCACAACAGAACAUUUUCCCCUCAGGUGCCUUAUUGGAAUUUCAGGCCAGUUUUUAUCCCUAAACACUAAGUACAUUCCAAAAGUAUAUUAAUCGUUUUAUGUUUACAGUAUAUAUAUAUAUAUAUAUAUAAUAUAUAUCCAGAAAUUAUCAAAAAUUCUCAUUCUCUGCAUUCAUCUUAUCUAUGUUAAAGGUUAAUAGACCUACUUCAUCAAUAGAUGAGGUGCACUUGAAUAAAAUGGAUAUUUUGAUUCUC